AUGGGCAAAGUUGGGUACUACUUGAAAACCCGGGUCACGGAACUGUUCCCGGAAAAGAGACCUUCGUGGGAGGAGUUCAAGUACACAAUGAAUCCGGCCAAUGUGCUAAGUAAUGUGAAGCUGAAAACAUGGCUCUUCAUCGCAAGUGCUUUCUUGGCCCUGACAGUCGAGGCGACUGACUUCUUUCUGGUGUCACUGAAUGUUGUGAAAAUAGCUGAGGAUUUACAUGUUCGGGAAGAUAAGGUUACUUGGGGAAUUACGGUCGCGUUGAUGACGCGAACCAUCGGUGCCAUUGUCUACGGCUACGUCGGAGAUCGGUUUGGACAGCGGACUUCAUUUUUGAUCAACAUCGGAAUGAUAUCUGUGCUACAACUUGUGACAGGGUUUGCGACUAGCUUUCCGUAUUUCCUUGCAUGCAGGGCUUAUUUCGGUGUCGAACUGGGUGGGUGCUUCGGGACUGCCACAACCCAAUGUCUGGAUGACCUCCCUAAGAGCGCUCACAGUUGGGUAACGGGGGGCUUUCAGCAAGCUUAUGCCUUUGGGUUUUUGCUAGCGACCGUCCUAACACGUGCCCUUGCAGACACAACUGCUCCUGGCUGGCGUAGCUGUUUCUGGUUUUUGUCUGGCGUCAGUUUCCUAUCUUUCGUGUUCAGAGCGUGCCUGGGACAGACUGAGGCAUUCAAAGAGCGCCAGAGGAUCAAGGAGGAGGGGAGGAAACGCAACGAGAAGGUCAGCACAUUGUCACAGAUCUUACGGUCCCUCAAGAAAGAAUGGUACAUUGCCAUCUACAUGGUCUGCCUCAUGGCUGGAUACAACUUUUUCUCACAUGCCUCCCAAGACCUUUUCCCAACCAUGCUGCUGAAACAGCUGGGCUACUCGUCUAAUCAAUCAACGCUCACCAAUAUCAUGGCAAAUGUCGGCGCUCUUUUAGGAGGAUUGUUACUAUCUCGCUUUUCCAGUGUGAGCUCUCGGCGGUUUAUUAUUCUCAUGUGUGUCUUUUCUGCGGCAAUUCUCGUCUACCCUUGGGGGUUUGUGCAAGGCAGUGGAAUGACGGCGUAUGCUUUUCUCCUUCAGUUCUUUGUGCAGGGCGCCUGGGGUCUCGUGCCCUACCAUCUGCACUCGCUUGCCCCAGAUUCUCAGACGAAAGCAUUUUUUGUCGGAGUUGCAUACCAGAUGGGUAACCUGAUUUCCAGUCCCUCCUCAACUAUGGAGAGCUCCAUCGCUCGGAAGUUUCCAAUUGGGCAUGAUGCCAAUGGCAAGACCAUAUAUGACUAUGGGCGGGUUAUGGCCUAUUUUGUGUGGGGUUCUACCGCUCUCAUGUUUAUAUUUGUUUUCCUAGGCCCUGAAUUUAAUCCGAACAGAGCUCACGAGUUCAUUGACGAUAUUGAAUCUGUGGACGAACAGGUGCAUGAAGUUGUUGAAGAUAAGGUCGAGGCCUCGCCAUCCAUUCAAAGCCAGACCAGUAGCCUGAGUGUUUCCAAGAGGAUACACCACACCGUAUGA